UGUGCGUCUGUCACCUGACGCUCACCUGUAGUUACAACGUUCAAGCAUAGCACGGAAGAUUUUUUUUUUCAUGGCCCGCGUGACACUGACGUCAUGUGGAAUGUGGACGACAAAAACUUCAUGAACACAAUAAGUGACCUAAAAACAAGCUGAAGGAAACUAACGCUGGUGAAAAUGCUCCGUCUCCUCUGCUGUUGCUUUGUCUCCAGCGACAGUCUCGGCGAGAGGCAGCCUUUGUUGCAGCCUGGAUCUCCAUCUGAAGUGACUGAAGCUGAAUCAGCCAGACGGGCCCCCUCGGCUCACAACGGUAAGCCAGAUGCGCCGAUAGUGAAAAGGAGUGGAAAGCUGGUGAUGAGACGGGUGAAUGUGCCAGAGUUGGAUCACAGGUUUACUGACAUGGCAGAGAUCUUCAAUGAGCAGCAGGCACACUAUGAAGCCAUGGUUGGACACAUCAGAAAGUUGAAACAGAGCUGCGACAUUACGGAUGUUGAUAACCUGGCUGUUGCCGAGUGCAUAGGGGCGUUAAGGAAGGAGCAUGAGACCACAUACAGGGUGUCUUUGAAGAUGAAGGGCUAUGACUUCUCCCUCAUAUUGGAUCCUGUGGGCCCAGAGGGAGAAACUGAGGAGGAGCCACUGCCUCUCGCUCUGCAGAGAGCCCAGAAUGAGUUCAGGGGUAUUUCAGACAGCGCCAAAGCCACCGUCUCAAAGGGUGCCAAACUCCUUCAGCUUAUGGACUGGCUGCUACGGAGCAACAGUCAAAUGGUUGAGCAAGUGAAGGGAGCAGCAGAAACCUACCAAGAACAAGGAAGACUGAAUGACAACCUGGAAGAGAAUAUCAAGGAAGUGAGAAGGGCUAAAGAGUUAUCUCAGAGAUACAGGAAACAGGCAGAUGAAGUUUACACUGAAGCUGUACAGAUAGCAGGGAUUGAUGUAUAAUUUCCACAGUUUUUAAAUAGUUCAUUUAAAAAAAUAAUAAUAAUAAAAAAAACACUUAUCUUUGUGAUAUAUGUUAUUAUCUGGAACGGUUGAAUUACAAGCUUAGAAAUGUUCUAUCUUUGUGACCCUUUGUGCCAUGCUUGAUUCAAGAUCUUGAAAUCUUGAAUUCAAAUUUUUCUUUUAAAUGUUCAGAAAGCAGAAAAACGAAAACAUUUUGCAUGUGGGAAACUAGAUGAUAGCAAAGAACGUUACAUGUCAUUGUUUUCGUUUUUUUCUUCUUUUACAAAAUAAACUGCGGUGGCCAAAUUUAUUAUCAGCAAAGUACUCACAGAAUCGUGGUAAGUUUCAGACUUUGCUUCUUGGAUUAAAGGGAACCAUCUUCAGAGGUUAAAAAUACCACCGGACCAUGUUUUCAGCCGUACAUCACUAUACUUAGCCAAUUAUCUAUAGAAAUGUUUACUUUUUCAUCAAUUAUGGCAAAUUUCUUUAACUUAAAAAAUGCAUAUUAUCUAGGCAUUUUGUUGGUUUUUCUAGUUGGCUUAUAGACUGAUUAUUUGUUAGCUUGUUUAAUUGAUGUUUGUCCUCAUUUUUAUAGUUUCACUGGUGUUGUUUUUUUUCACACCACUGUCUUAUUUUAAUUUUUGUUGUUGUUUUAUAUUUGCUUUAUUUCAGUUUUGUCUUUGUUUAAAUUUUAGGCCUUGGGAAAUCUUCAAAUGUCCAGAUUUUAUUUAAUAGAUUCGAAGACAUUUUUAGUCACAUUCUAUUUUAAAAUGUUCAUUUCUUUUUUUUAUUCUCUCCUCUUUACAUGAUUCAUGUUGGUCUUAAAUUUAAAUAAUAAUGGCCCUAACUAGUCUUAGAAAUUAACUUACUGCAACUGACAAAAGCACUGUUCAGUGCCUUGUUUUGAUUUUAAUUGCACCUGUUGUAUUUCUUGCCGGCCUUUUACACAUCUUAUGUGCUUUUUUUGCCCCUCAAUGCACAAAUGUAUUCUGAUUAAAGUGAUUGUCAAAUAUAAGCAUACAAAUAAACACAGAACAACAGCAAUACUAAUAACACUACAAUAAACAACAAUGAAAAUAGCAAAAACAACACAGCAAACUGGAAAUGUAAAUCUUAGCGUAAAAAUGCAAUUGUAUGUACGGUGCUUUUUCUAUUUGACCAAGAAUAAGUUAAUACAAGAAUACAGAAAUUCAUGUAUCCAUC